AAAUUCCGUGUUUCCUAUGAGGCAUGUUGUACCAAGUUGGGCUGCAUAACUCACCUUUGUUUUUUUCCUUCCCUUUUUUAUUCCCCUUUUUGCUUUUCUCCUCCAGCUGUGCUUCCUGUGUCUUCAGCCUUGAGUGUCACUGCUGCCUUAGGGCAGUCUGAACCUACCCUUCCCCCUCCUUGUUCCCUGGCCCCCCAGCAAUGCCCUCUGGCAACCCCUAACCAGCCUUCCCCAUUCCCUUCUCCCUCUGGUGUUGUCUCAACCCCUUUGGAAGCUCCUUUUCCCCAGUCAUCCUCUGGGACAGCCCUGCCUUUGGGAGUUGCCCAUUCCCCCACUGACACCCCAGCUUUCCUACCCAACCUAAGAGGGCCUCCCAUCUCCCCAGCUGCCUUAGCUCUGGCCUCUCCCAUGAUAACUCCGACAAUGAAAGGUGCCCAUUCCUCUUCAGCUCCCUUGGCGCUGGUGGCCUUGGCUCCCCACUCAGUUCAAAAGAGUUCUGCUUAUCCACUUAACCCUCUUAGUUCUCCUCCUUUGAUUGCUGUGGUUGAGUCUGGGUCAGUGACAUCUCUGUCCCCUCCCAUUGCUUUCUUAGAUCCAAAGACCUGUCCUAUUCAAGCUCCCUUGCAAGUAGACCCUAAUCCAAAAGGCACUCCCAUCCCUCCAGGUAUAGUCAGUACUGUACCUUCCCAUCUUGGAACUCCCUUGGCCUCUGUUCAGUCUGGAGUAGCCUCAUGUCCUCAGAUGCCACCCAUCACUCCUCCUCAGUUCAAAGACAUCCCUGUUUCCUCAGCUCUGACUUCUCCACAAAACCCUGAAAGCCUCAGCCUAAAGGGACCCCUUAGUUCACCUGCUGUGUUAUCUCUUUCAACUCAGUCUCUAUCUGUGGCUCCUAGUAUCCCUCCAGUUUCCCUCACUUCUCCAGGCUCUCAUCUUACACCUUUACAUCAGAGUUCUCUUGGUUCUCCUCUUCAGACCUUAGGUCAAACAGGCCCUAAUGUUUUGUCAAAUCCUAAAGUGGAUGCCAUUUCUGCAGAUCAUUCUCCCAUAGGGGCCUCUUAUCCUUCUCAGAGAUCUGUAAUUCCUCCACUGCCUUCUAGAAAUGAGGUGGCUCCUGCUGCUAUGGCUACUUUUCCAGUGGGGGCUUCAGCUUCCCCUCUGGCUCUUUCUGUUGACAAAGAUCCCUCUGCCAUCAUUGACAUAGCCUCCUUUUCUGGCUCAAGUGUAGAUACCUCUUCUCCAUUAUCUCCUACAGGCUCUGUCAUUCUCAAAGGCUCUCCUAAUGUCACUCAUCCUCAGCCUUUGGUGACCCAAAUUCCUCCUCCAGGGAGUCCAAGCUUGAAAGAAACUUCUGUUUGUUCUGUUGCAACCACCCCAUUUGUUAUGACUAACCCCUCUAAAAUUUCUGCAGCACCUACUACCUUUGAAGUAACUACUUGUGUGUCUCCUCCAACUUCAUCAGGUCCCAUAAGUAAUAAGGACUCAGCUUCCCACGCUGCCUUGGUUAUGGCUCCUAUGGCUCCCAAAGAACUUUCUAUUCCUCAAGUGACCCCUCUGGGAAUACCAGUCUCUCCUCUGUCAGCCCCUGAGAACCCCAAAAGUCUCCCUGCAUCAGCCUUGGUAAAGUUACCAACACAAAAAGAUCUCCAAACUGUACCUCUCUCUGCUAUUGGAACCCCUGCUUCACCAGCCCAGGCAGGACUUCCUACCAAGAAAGACUCUACUCUAAUACCACUGGCCCUGGUAGCCCCUAAAAAUCCCCCUGCUCCCCAAAGUAUAUCAUCAUCUCUGGAGAGAACUCUUUCUCCUGAAGCCACCUUAGCAAAGAGAAGCCUUGUAGAGCCUCUCUCUGUAGUUACACAAGCCAGUACUGCUCCCUCUCCUCUGGAUGUUAAUUCUCCAACCUCUGUAAUUAAGACAGAUCCUUGUUCAAGCCCAGACUCCUCUAGUCUGCUUCUCAAAAGUUCUCUCACUAUCCCAGCCGUAGUUACAUUUCCUUUGGAACAUGAUGCCACUGUUGGGGUGGUCCCUACAAUUACCAAAGAUGCCUCCGCUCCUACCGCUAAAGCCAGCCCUAAUCUAGGAGAUGUCUCUUUAGCUCAUAAAAGCCAUCCAGAUAAGAAGGGUAGUUCCACUCUUUCUGUUUUACCUUUGGUUCCUCCAGCCUCGGAAAGUUGCCCUGUGGCUUCAGCUGUGACUUUAUCCUCCCAGAAUGUUUCUGCUUUUUCAGCUGCCGUGGCACUAGCCCCUGAAAUUCCCAAGUCUGAGCCCUUUCCCUCUCUUCCUCAUGGUACAAAGAAAGUUCAUGGUAUUUCUCAAACCUCAGCAUUGGCACCUGUGGCUUCCUCUCCUGAAAGGCACCCAACUAAGGACUCUGGUCUUUCUGUUAAUGCAUCUUCUCAAGGAACUUACUUAGGUGACUCCUCAUCUCCUUUAGGGACUAAGGUGUCUCCUCAAACUAAAAGACGUCCAACCAAGAAGGGUUCAGCUCCUACUACCUUAACUCUUUCUCCUUCUCUUUCUAAAAGUGUUCCUGCUAUCCCUGAUACUCCUGCUGGAAAUCACUCAUCAUCCCCUGUUUCUCCGGUUGAAGCUUCCUUUCUUCCAGAGGCCAAUCUUUCCCUUCAAGCCCCUAAAGGGUCACUGGCCAAGAAGCAUUCACCCACUCCAUCCCCUAGAGAGACCUCAGAUACCCCAUCUCCCAAAGAGGCCUCCAUUCCUCCAGCUGUGGUUCCUUCCUCCCCCAAAGGAGCCCCAGCAACCUCAUCCCCCAAAAAGGCCCAAGCGGCUCCAGCCCCCAAAAGAGGCCCAGCUACUUCAUCUCCCAAAGGGACCCCUACUGCCCCAGCAGUGACUCCUCCCUCCCCCAAAGAGUCUCAAGCAACUCUAGCCCCCAAAAGAACCCCAGCUAACCCACCUCCCAAAGGGACCUCCACUGCCCCAGCAGUAGCUUCUCCUUGCCCCAAAGGGGGCCCCACAGCCCCAUCCCCAGAAAAGACCUCCACUUCCUCAGCUGUGGCUCCUUCCUCCCCUAAAGAGUCUCCAGAUACCCAGUCUCCCAGAGGGGCCCCCACUGCCCUAGCUGUGGCUCCGCCUUCCCCCAAAGGUGGUCUAGCAACCCCAUCCCCAAAAGAGACCUCCACUCCCUCGAUUGUGGCUCCUUCCUCGCCCAAAGACUCUCAAGCAACUCCAGCCCCAAAAAGAACCCCAGCUACUCCACCUCCCAAAGAGGCCCCCACUGCCCCAGCUGUGGGUCCUCCUUCCCCCAAAGGAGGCCCAGCAACCCCAUCCCCUAAAGAAACCUCUACUCCCUCAAGUGUGGCUCCUUCCUCCCCCCAAAAGUCUCCAGCUACCCAUCCUCCCAGUGGGGCCACCACGCCUCAAGCUGUACCUCCUUCUUCCCCCAAAGAGUCUCAAGCAACUCCAGCCUCCAAAAAAAUCCCAGCUACCCCACCUCCCAAAGGGGGCCCAGCAACUCCAUCCCUUAAAGAGAUUUCCACUCCCCCAGCUAUGACUCCUUCCUCCCCCAAAAAAUCCCCAACUACCCAGUCUCCCAAAGGGGCUCCCACCCCCCAAACUGUGGCUCCUCCCUCCAAAGAGUCCCAAACAAUUCCAGACCCCCAAAGAGCCCCAGCUACUCCACCUCCCAAAGGGGGCCCAGCAACCCCAUCCCCUAAAGAGACCUCUACUUCCCAAGCUAUGGCUCCUUCCUCUCCCAAAGAGUCCCAAGCAACUUCAGCCCCCAAAAGAGCCCCAGCUAACCCACCUCUCAAAGGGGCCUCCACUGCCCCAGCUGUGGCUCCUCCCUCCCCCAAAAAGCCCCAAGCAACUCCAACCCCCAAAAGAACACCAGCAGCUCCAUCUCCCAAAGGGGGCCAAGCAACCUCAUCCCCUAAAGAGACCACCAUUCCUCCACCUGUAGCUCCUCCCUCCCCCAAAGAGUCUCAGGCAACUCCAGCCUCCAAAAAAGCCCCAGUUACUCCACCUCCCAAAGGGGCCCCCACUGCCCCUGCUGUGGCUCCUCCUUCUUCCAAAGGGGGCUCGGCAGCCUCAUCCCCUAAAGAGACAUCCACCCCUUCAUCAGUAGCUCUUUCAUCCCCUAAAGAGUCUCCAGCUAACCAACCUCCAAAAGGGGCCCCCAUUCCCCCAGCAAUGACUCCUUCAAAAAAAGCCCCAGCUACUCCACCUCCCAAAGGGGCCCCCAAUGCCCCAGCUGUGGCUCCUCCUUCUCCCAAAGGGGGCUCGGCAGCCCCAUCCCCUAAAGAGACAUCCACCCCUUCAUCAGUAGCUCCUUCCUCCCCCAAAGAGUCUCCAGCUAACCAGCCUCCCAGAGGGGCCCCCAUUCCCCCAGCAAUGACUCCUUCAAAAAAAGCCCCAGCUACUCCACCUCCCAAAGGGACCCCCACUGCCCCAGCUGUGGCUCCUCCUUCUCCCAAAGGGGGCUCGGCAGCCUCAUCCCCUAAAGAGACAUCCACCCCUUCAUCAGUAGCUCCUUCCUCCCCCAAAGAGUCUCCAGCUAACCAACCUCCCAAAGGGGCCCCCAUUCCCCCAGCAAUGACUCCUUCAAAAAAAGCCCCAGCUACUCCACCUCCCAAAGGGGUUCCCCCUCCCUCAACUGUGGCUCUUUCCUCCCACAAAGAGUCUCUGGCAACUUCAGCCCCCAAAGGGGCCCCAGCAACCCCAUCUCCCAAGGGGGCCUCCGUUCCCCCAGCUGUGGCUCCAUCCUCUAAAGGAACCCCAUCCUCCAAAGCUGCCUCAGCAACUCCAUCCCCCAAGAGAGCCCCAGCUACCCCAUCCAAAGAUGCCCCCACUUCCUCAUCUGAGAUUCCUCCCUCACCCAAAGAGGCCCCUACGUCUCCAGUUUCAGUCACAUGUCCCUUGGGGUCCGUUGCCCCUCAGGCUUCUAAAGGCCUACCAGUAAAGAAAGGCUCUACAGCUCCCUCUGAGAAAGGUCUCCUGGCCAAGAAGAAUUCUGCUUCACCUCCUGUGUGCCCAGAUCCUUCGGCUAAGAAUGGUACUAAAGGACCCCUUUCUACAGAGACAGUUUCUGCUCAAAAAGUCUCUUCAAAGACUCCCAAAACCCUCCCUGUUUCUCCAUUAAAAAGCAAAGAUUCUUUUCAUUCCCCAAAAAGCCCUUUGGCUCUUCCUCCUGAGUCUGUGACGUCUCCUCCUCUAGCAACAGUUUCCUCUGAGAAAGUCCUUUCCAAAGCUGGAUCAGCACCUGUCUCUCCAGCACCCACCCCAUCAGUCUCUCUGCCUCUCGCUCCCUCCCCAGUCCCCCCUCUGCUUCCUAAACAGCAAUUUCUGCCGUCCUCACCUGGGCUGGUGCUGGAAUCACCCUGUAAGCCCUCAGCCCCUGCUGAUGAGGAUGAGCUGCCGCCUCUGAUUCCCCCGGAACCAAUCUCGGGGGGAGUGCCUUUCCAGUCGGUCCUCGUCAACAUGCCCACCCCCAAACCUGCUGGGAUCCCUGCCCUAACCCCCUCUGCCAAGCAGCCUGUUCUGAAGAACAACAAGGGUAUUUGCCUUGGUUUGCUGUGUGCAUGGUGUGUCGCCCACACCCCUCCUGGGGCUACCCACCAAUACUAACCCUAGGAUGCGCCGCUUUCUCCAGUAUAUCUGCUUGUGUUUGGACAUAGAACAUAGAGUGAUAAUUUUAAAUGCAAAAGCUCUAGGAAUGUGUAACAAUCUUGGUUUUCAUCACCUCAGAUAGUCUGUUUUGUAUCAUCAUCUAUAAUACAGUCCAAGCUAACUACGAAUCUGCUAUCUUUUCUACCUAAAUGAUCUGACAUUGAAAACCAAGACCUAUUAGGCCUUUUAAUUUGCUCUAAUCUCUACCACAUAACUAACCUUGUCCCUGGGCCUGGGAUUUGCUAAAAUGUUGGGAAAUAUGGAACUACUUGAAUUUCUUUUCACAUCUUCGAUUUAGUAAUGACCAGUGCCCAAGGGACUUCCUUUUCAAGACUUUUUUCCUAGCCUGAGAAUGGUGCAGGUGUAUGCUUUUUUUCUCUCAGUAGUCUUUAUUGAUGCUUGGCCUUGUGAUUGAGGUAAAUGUAAAAUAUGUAAAUUAUAUUUGGAAGAAAUGGGAGAGGUCACAGGAUAGGCUCUAACAGAGGUGACUGUUAGAAUUGUAGGUUGGCAAUCAUUGAAAAUCAUCAAGUUAUAUUGAUGAAACCAAAUUGCUAGGGUAAGUAGUUUGAAAGUAAAGCUGAAUGUGUGUACACAACUGCUUCUGGCCUUCCCCAACCCAAUAUAAAGGAUGAAGGGAAAGUGUCCUCCCUGGUCUACUUCCACAAUGUGAUCUUAUUUAUCUGGAGAUACCUUGUCUGCUAGAACCUUUGGGGGGUGGUUGGGCUGUUGGGUAGAAUUUGGAGUUAUAUAGGUCAUUGGUAUUGGCGUGUGCCAAGUGAAGACCGAGAGAAAGGAAGCAGUUACAGUUGAUAAACUGCUUGGCUGUAACUAGUAAUCACCUCCUAUUUCUGGGGCUAGGUCUUUAAUGGAUGUGUACACACUAGUUUGGCUAAGUUGGAGGCUGUCAGGCUGGCUUCACACAAGUCAGUUGGUUUACAUUUAACUUUGUGAGGUCUAGCAUAAGCCAGUGACCUCUAAUCCAGGCAGGCUGUGGUGAGGUGCCUCCUCCUUAUAAUCUAUUAUAAAAUAAUAAAAGUUAUU